AUGGCGUGCAAUGGCUCUGGGUGCCAAUCCGGUGUUUGCUACAAAGACGAAGACGUAACACGUAACCAACCAAUCAAAUCCGAAGAAACCGAUUCAACAAACCCUACCAAGGUCUGCAUCAAGUGCAAGCUCAACGACGCCGUUUCUGGCUACGGCGGAAUCGAUGACGGUCGUUUCUGCGCCGAUUGCUUCAAAACCAACUUAUUCGGAAAGUUUCGUUUCGCAGUCACUUCAAACGCCAUGAUCACGCCCACCGAUAAGGUCCUCGUUGCCUUCUCAGGUGGCCCUUCUUCCAGGGUAGCUUUGCAAUUUGUACAUGACAUGCAAGAGAGGGCUCAGAGGAACUUUGAUGCGAGUAGGGAUAGGUCGUUGCCCGUGUUUGCUGUUGGAGUUGUGUUUAUUGAUGAAAGUUCCGUCUUGUCUAUUCCUUCCAAUGAAAUGGAGGAAGCUGUUGAAGUUGUCGGAGAGAUUGUGUCGAGUUUAGUGCCGCCCAGGAAGGAUUUGCAUAUUGUUCCUAUUGAGACGGUUUACUCAGCGGAUUCUGGUGAGGGUAAGGAGAGCCUAGCGAAUGUAAUGAACACGGUGAGUGAUCCAACGGGAAGGGAGGAUAUGUUGCUCUGUCUGCGAAUGUUGGCGCUCCAAAAGGUUGCUUCUGAAUAUGGGUAUAACAGGAUCGUUCUGGGAUCAUGUAUCUCGAGGAUUGCUUGCCAUGUCAUUUCAGCCACUGUGAAGGGUCAAGGAUACUCAUUACCUGCAGAUAUACAGUAUGUUGAUGCUAGAUGGGAAGUUCCUGUUGUACUUCCUCUGCGGGAUUGUUUUGCCCAAGAGAUCAACAUGCUUUGUCGCCUUGACGGUCUAAAGACUGUGAAGUUCUCUACCGGUCCGGGCUCUAGCAUUAAUGGCUUGGUAUCGUCUUUUGUGUCUUUGUUACAGGAAGAAAACCCUUCUCGAGAGAGCACAAUUGUAAGAACAGCUGGUAAACUCACUCCCUUUCAAUUCAACAGGAUUCCAGAGAUCAUUGAUGGUAAUGUUCCUUUGGCAACUCGAAGAAGACAGAAGAGAUACAAUCUCAAAUCAAAUGAAUCUGUUUCCUCAGAAUCUUUCUGUCCUCUCUGCAACAGCCCACUCCACAAGAGUGAGAUUGUUGAUUGGAGUAAUAUGGAUAGCCACAGGAGUAGUGACCUUUUUAAUAAGAGCUGCUGUUCAAGUUGUCAGUUUCAGAUACUUCCAAGUGAUUCAACAUCAAUGGAACAAUUUUAUAUGGAUUUACCUCGAUCAAUGGUUGGCCGAGCAAAGCAAGUUAGCAAUGGUAAAUUGAGUCUGCUAAGGGAACAAAUACAAGAUUUUCUGCUUUCUGAUGGUGAAGAUGAAACAUAG